UGGAUGACUCGUCAGAAAUAUCUUUUUCAACGAGAGGGAACUGUGUGUACAUCUCUCUCCCGAAAAAAUCAAAAUUUUUCAUCGUCUGAGCCCGAAAUCUCCCGACCCUUUUCUCGUUUGACAUCGGAUUUGGUCCGAGAUUCAUGAUUUCGUCCUUUCAAAUGGGUUUGGCGUGAAUUGGAUGACAAGUUGUUGAUCAGGGUUUACUCUGAAAUUUGGGAAAAGGGUUUCUUAAAUGGAUAGUAACAAAGAUGAGGCUUUAAGAUGCAUUGGCAUUGCUAAAGAGGCAAUUGCCUCUGGGAAUAAGCAAAGGGCACUUAAGUUUAUUGGAAUAGCACGGAGGUUGAAUGACAGUUUAGCAGUGGAUGAUCUUCUGGCUGCUUGUGAGGAUCUUGAUUCAGCAUCAUCAUCUAGUACUUCAAAUAGUGUAAAAGAUGCUAUGAAGGCGAGAAAAGAGGGAGCUGGGGCAAAGAUAGAUGAGGUUACUAACGGGGAGAGGAUGUACACGGAAGAGCAUGUUCAAUUGGUUAGACAGAUAAAGAGUAAAAAGGACUAUUAUGCUGUUCUUGGAGUGGAAAAGAGUUGUUCGGUUGAGGAGAUUAGGAAGGCAUAUAAGAAACUGUCAUUGAAGGUGCAUCCUGAUAAGAAUAAGGCCCCAGGUUCCGAGGAGGCAUUCAAAAAAGUUAGCAAGGCCUUCAAGUGUUUGAGUGAGGAUGAAUCGAGGAGGCAGUAUGAUCAAACGGGUCUGGUUGAUGAGUUUGAGCAUAAUCAGCAGUACAAUGUGAGACGGCGAAGUAGACGUAAUGGGCAUGGUUUCUAUGAGGAAGAGUUUGAUCCAGAUGAGAUUUUCAGGGCAUUUUUUGGUCAGACAGACAUGUUCAGGACUGCUCAUGUCUACCGAUCUAGAGCAGCGAGUGGUCAUCGGAGAGAAGACGUAGCUAAUAAUGGACCUAAUCUUAUGUUGCUUCUCCAGUUGGUACCUUUUCUGCUGAUUUUUUUGCUUGCUUAUCUUCCGUUUUCCGAGCCCGAGUAUUCUUUGCAAAAGAAUUAUACUUACCAGUUCAAGAGGACAACUGAAAAACAUGGCAUAGAGUAUUAUGUUAAGUCAUCUGAAUUUGAUGUCAACUAUCCAGUGGGUAGUAUGGGACGAGAAAACAUAGAAGUUAAUGUAAUCAGGGAUUACAAAAACAUGCUUGGUCGCUAUUGUCACAUAGAACUUCAGAGGCGUCAAUGGAGUAGAAACUAUCCAACACCUCACUGUGACAGGCUACAGGAGUUUGGAGUGGCAUGAAAAUCAGUAAGUUCCCCUCAAAUCAUUAUGCAUAUAUUUAUAAUCUGUGUGCUGAUUUCUUUCUCUUUGCUAAAGUGGUCCGUUUCUUAUGUUAGCUCGUGUAUUUAAUGCCACAAGAUCUACGUGGUGAAGUUGUUAGCUUUCCUCUGCUGCUAUUUCUGUGUUGUGGGGUUAUGACUGAGAAAUGAAGCUUGUAAAGCUGGCAUUGUAAAAUUGCCUGUUUAAUGCUCGAGAGAAACAAUAAUUUGAGCUUGUUUACGCAACCCCUUAUUGUUUCCAUUUUUAGUGAAUUGAGGGUGUUUGUGAUUGUUUUGUAUUUUCUUGAUCUCUAAUGUUCUUUUCAUGUGUUAUGCUGGAGCAACCCAGCUAUUAUUUGAGCAGUGAACAAUUUAGAGAAAAUAUCUCGUCUGAGUGUCUUCGUGCUUGUUCUUUUAUCCUUCUAUUUGAAGAUCACAUAUGCCGGUCACGCUAUUUGAAGUUAUUUAGGCAUGGUACUGUUUAAAUGUUGAUCACCUUUCACUUAGAGAAUGCAGGAAAUAAAUGGCUUAAAGAACUAAAGAAGGUAAUUUGUCAAAGAGAGUUCUGACGUUGGAAUUGUUUGCAGAAUAUGUGUGUAGAUGACUAAACCGGGUAUUAGUUUUAUUUAUAUGCAUUCAUAUUUAAAGUUAAAAGAUGGAAAAUGAGUUUAUUGGGAAUUGGACUAUUUGCUCUGUUAUGCGUUGCAAUAAGGAAACCUUAUUCGAUUUGGCAGCCCUUCUCUCUGAUUUUUAAACUGUACAUGAUAGUGCAAUGUUCCUUCUGUUUUAUGAAAAUGUGGAAUACCUUUGCUAAUGGCGAUUAUGAAUGUGAAAUUGUGAGAUUGUUUUUGAGUUGCAGAAUUUUUUGCUUCUUUGAUAUACUUAAAAUCCCAACUGUGGGUAUAAUUAGUUUAAUUGUGUUUUUUUACAGGUUUUGCUGGAAGUCUAGAAGUGUCAUGGUGUUUUAUGGAUAUAUAUAUAUGUUUACAAGUUGAUCGGGGGGUAGACAGUAAGUUUUUGUGGUCCAACUUUACUGGUGUUUUUAGUAGGAAUCCCAUGGCUGGGUAACUUGGGUUCUAGUCAGUAGCACCCUGUGGCUAGAUUAUUGAAAACCACACAUGAUGGUUGCCUGCAUCCUUUUCAUGUAUUGGAUUUUUUUUUGUGAAAUUACUCCAUCUUGUAGUUGCCUGCCCCAUUUAUAUAGGGAGAAGCUAAGAAGCGGAUAUGAUACUGUAGCACAACCUAAUCGGUUUGUUUUGUAAUAAAAUAAUCUUUUUUCUAGAGCUUUCGUUCCUGCAUAUAAAUAUGCAACUUAUUCCACAUUUUGUGAUUCAUGUUACACGUAUAUACUGUCGUGUGACUUGGAUAUUACCAUUACCAGGGGACAGAAACUCCCAUCACUUUUAGGUCAACUUUUCUGAUGGAAUCGUGAUCUUUUGAUCACAGUUUAUAGAUCAAUAUUGUAGCAUGUCCUCUUUUUCUUUCAACUUAAUUAUCUAC